CAGAUGCUGAAGAAGAGAUGAUGAAACUUGGUUGGUUUCAGACAAAGAUAAGGAGGCUCAGAUCUAUAACAAAAGCAAGGGUGUCAGGAUAGCAGUGCAGCGGUUGUCUAACAGAUACUACACUGACAAGAAUGUCCACUGCAGAAACUGCAACAAGAUUGGACAUCUCUCCAAGAACUGUCCUCAGCCCAAAAAGCUGUCGCCUUGCUUCCUUUGUGGGACUCCAGGCCACCCAGUCCGUGACUGUCCCAAUAGGCACUGCAACAACUGUGGCUUGCCAGGGCAUCUUUACGAGUCCUGCAGUGAGAAGGCAUACUGGCACAAACAGUGUCAUCGCUGCAGCAUGACUGGACACUUCUUUGAUGCUUGUCCAGAGAUCUGGAGACAGUACCACAUGACAACUAAAAGUGGCCCUCCUGUAAAGCAGCGGCCAAAGGACAGCAAUCAAUCUCUUGCCUACUGCUACAAUUGCUCGAGGAAGGGACACUUUGGCCAUGCAUGUACACAACGGAGGAUGUUCAGUGGAGUGUAUCCCACAACCUUGUUGAUUAACCACUAUGACACUGUGGAAGACAUAAACCGCAGACAACACAGGAUGGAGAUUAAGGUUAAAGAACUGAUGAAAAACGGCUAUCUUCCCUCUUGUGCUGAGGCCCUUCUCACGCUAGGACCCCCAAUGAAGAAACGGAAAAUCAGCUAUCAUAAAAACAAUGACCAGUCUAACCAUACCCCUAGCAGCCACAAUCCCAGGCCCAGCCAUUUAUUUUUUAAGGAUAAUGACUUUAGUGCUGCAACACCCAAAACAAAAAAGUUUAAUAAGUACAAACAGCAGGAAAGUGUUGGCAAUGUUAAACCAUGGAAACCUAAGAGACCUGUGCCCACCUCAAGAGACCCCCUCACAGCAGCUAAACCAAUUUUGGAUGAAGUAGAAGACUUUCCCAGAGGGGGAGGAACAGGCGAGAACAGGAAGAUGAGGAGAAAGAUGAAUAAAAUGAAGCCUGUUCCUUUAGCACAACCAGGGGUACACACAGAAAAAAGAAAGGACCGGCUCUUUGGCUCUGUUGGAGGAAAGAUGCAGGGGUCGAAGUCAAAGCAAGAGAGGAGAGCAAAGAAGAAAAAGAGGAACAAUCAAGCCCCUGGGACUGCUGACAAAAAAAUUGGUGCAGAGAGUUACCCAGUAGAUGAUAAUCUGUUCUUCAUUAAACAAAGAAAGCGCAGGCGAUAGCAUCUGUUUGUGUGAGGUUUAAAUGUCAGAGUUUGUCAGGGCUCUGAUCUCUAAAAGCAACAGUUACGAGCGUGACAUUUAGAGACGCGUCAGACGUUUUGUUAACUCAGGUCUCGAUGUAAAUAGCUGAAAUUAUUGUGGCUUUAGAGAUCUUUAUGGGACCUUUUCACAGAAGACAUUUUAACAGUCAAGGUUAGGUGAUGCAUAAGAUUUGUGGAAAUUGUGGAUGAAAUUCACUUUGCUCCUUUAGUUCCAGGGUCCUGAUUUUUUUUUUUUUUUCCUCUUUUUCUUUUGGUUCGUGGCGACUCAGUCACGCAGUGAUACUUGAACAGAGCAGAGCCAUCUUUAAUGUUAUUAGUAACAACUUAAAAAGAAUCAGAAUGUUGAAGCUGUUUAUUUACUUUCCCCAUGUGGUCAGUGUGAGAAUGAAGCUGUCCCCAGAAGCAAACAGGAAAUGGUUCUAUGUUUGGAAAUGGACAAUGUAUGAACAGCAGUUCAAAGUUCAGCUAGUCCAGUGAGUCAUUUUCACAGUUUUGUGGAUUUUUAAUGGAAAAAAAAGGAUUAUAAGCUUAAAGGAACUGCAAAUAAUGUUUGAGUAAACCCAAAAUCUAUACCAAAUUUGUUUCAGGAAUAAUGAUACAUUAUUUUAUUUCUUUGCUCCCAUUGGUUUCAUCAUGUUGCAGACUUCUACUUUGAAAAAAAAAAAAAGCUCCUGCAGUUUCUGUAAGAUCCUUUCUUAGUGCCUCUGCUUUGAAUGUAGUUUUUUAAUGUUGUUGCUGCUCUUUGAACCAAAAGAAAGUGUAUAUUUAAAUACAUUUUUGUCAGUUAUUUCUUUUUCAAUUUUAACUGAAGGGAUGCUCCUCUUUUCUGUAACUAACUCAUAAGUUUGUAAUGUUACAUGCAGACUAAUAAUCAAACAAUGAAAAGCCAGCAGAUGUCUUGCAUGUGGCGAAGGGAUUUAACCCUUCGCCACAUGCCGAAUGUCAUUUGGUGCUGGAGAACCCUGUUAAUAAACAUGUGGUCCAAAAUCUGAAAACCUAAGAGAGACCACUCAGAACAGAGCAUUUUUAUCACAGGAUGACGGUGAUCACUAAGAACACCUCUCUAAUGAUGUGGUGUUAUUUUCUCUUAAGCAGACAAGUGGACCCAAACCCCUGCAGCAAAAUGCUUUUCUGGUUCUAGAUAGCAUGCAUCCCUAACGUGCGGCCCCAAAAGUGUCGACUGUUCAAAAUCAGUUGUAUGAGGUCUUAUUUGUUAUUGUCUAACAAAAUGAAAUCCUGAAACAUGAAAGAGUGAAAUGAUAUUUCUGUAACAUCAGUUAUCCAAAGUGUCUGGGGAAAAAAUAGAAUUUAAAUCUGUUCUGGGAUUGAGGAAGAAAGCUUGGAUUGCUCGUGUGCUUUGCCUAACAAAUGUUCACAGGUUUCUUCAGUAACAUUUAAGAGUUUUCUCAACUACGGUGUCCUUGUUAUGUAAUAAAAUUCAAAUCACUUGGUUCUUGUUGAUAAAUGUCAUUUCUCCACCAAAUGAAGUUGU